GCUGGUAGUGAGUCUGAAGAAUCUGAUGAUGAGGAAGAGGAAAAAUCCAAGGACUUCCAGGUCUUAAAAGGCCAUGCCAACUCUACCAGAAUAGAUGCUGUGCUUAAAUUUGGUCUGGGAAUGUCUAGAAACAAAGUGGACAAUGCAUUUUAUAGCAGCAGCAUCUACCUCAAUGGAGAGAAGCUGAUCAAGAAGAGCCAUCCUCUGACGGUGGAUGACGAAGUGGACGUGGUGCGCGGCGAGAACGCGCUGAACACGUCGUUCCUGGACGUCUCGCGGGUGCAGGUCCUCGACAUCCACCGUUCGCGGUCCGACCCGGACAAGCUGACUCUGAAGGUGCGGCGCUUUAAACAGCUCACCGUCGAAAACUACUCGUCGCCGUGGAAACCAAUUGCGUCGGAGUAAAUGAUCUGCACGUGCGCUGUAGUCGAAUGAUCAUUGUCCAAUGGUGAUACAGAGCUUGACGUGGCGACCGCGUAUGACACAUGCGCGUCCAUGAUAGCCCAUUUACCUCUGCUGAUUGAGUACGGCAAGGCGGCGGCCCUGCUGUACUCCAUCAGCAGAGAUGGUAUGCACGCUCUGUUUUGUCAUCACUUUCAGCCUGCGCUGUAGUCUGGGUAACAAUGUAUAUAAUACACCGGUGUACAUGAUUUCUGAAAGCGACUGUGAUCUCUCAGCGCACCUGGCCGAAAGACCAUUGUCCAAUGCUUCAGUAUUUCCCACUUGACUUUGUCAUCCAUUUAAGAGCAACUCGCAUUCUAAGUACACAGCUGUCUAAUGUUACAUUAGCACACGUAAGUAAUGUCAAUGGCUGUUUCCACACGUUAGAGGCUACAAGUGAACUAUCUGAAUGAAAUAUUGAACUGAAUGAAUGAAUGAACAAAUGCACUAUU